UUCAUUUGUGUUUACUACCGUUAACUUAUAAACUUAUCAUCAUGUCUGGUCGUGGUAAAGGAGGAAAGGCAAAGGGCAAGUCAAAGACCCGUUCAAGCCGUGCUGGACUCCAGUUUCCAGUUGGUCGUAUCCAUCGUAUGUUGCGCAAAGGCAACUACGCAGAACGUGUUGGUGCUGGAGCUCCAGUCUACCUCGCAGCUGUCAUGGAAUAUCUGGCUGCUGAAGUUCUCGAGUUGGCAGGCAACGCCGCCCGUGACAACAAGAAGACUCGUAUCAUCCCACGUCAUCUCCAACUGGCCAUCCGUAACGAUGAAGAAUUGAACAAACUUCUCUCAGGAGUCACCAUCGCUCAAGGUGGAGUUCUGCCCAACAUUCAAGCUGUCUUGUUGCCAAAGAAGACCGAGAAAAGCAGUUCCUAAAUUGCACAUAAACUCAAAUAAAAACCAAACGGCCCUUUUCAGGGCCAAACAAAUUUUUCAAAACGUAAAAUACUCUUUGGGAUUAUUUAGAUGUAGUUUAAGAUAUUGAUGACUCACAAGCCCUCACUAAUUACAAUUAGUAAAUGAGCUAUUAAACAUUUCGAUAUCCUCCAUUUAAAUUUUUAUAAUUUUACUAAUCUCUUUAGACAAAUUACCCAUUGCUACAAUACAGCUUUUUGAUUUAAAAGUAUUUUAACCCAUUGGUCAAUUAUAAAUUUCAACUCUGCCAUAAAAUUCCAUCCUACUUCAUAUUUUCACCAGCAUUAUUUAAACUAAGUAUUUUAAAAACUUUAAGUAGUUGCUUCAAAAAUAUUGAACUGUCUCAGUAAAUUUGAAAUUAAUAAAUAAAAACAGCAACUAUUACCAUAAAAAAUUAGUAGAGCAUAAGGUGGAAUACUUAUAUUUGUUAAAAUAAGAGUCGAAUAAUAGAAUUAUAUACAGUACUUAGUAAUUAUAUGUGUUGCCAUUGAUAAUUUGCAGACCCUGAUAAAACUCAUGGUAUAUUCAUUCUAUUGAAAGUAGUCUUGGGUAGUUCGCGAACGACCUAGGUCGGAAGAGCGCUCCUUUAGGUGAACUAUGCGAACUAGUUCGUCGAUGAUCUCGCUCUUAGUUCUUUUUAUAUUUUUUUUAGCGUCGGUUUAACUAGACACUGGCGCUAUGUGACCAACCGAGUUUUUUACUCUUUCUGUGCGCGCCUUGAUAUUGCGAGAGACUAUUUUUAUAUAUUAGAUCAUUACUCAACGAGACUAGCUGUUGACUAAUGAUUAAUAUAAAUUAUUGAAUUUUUUCAUUUUUACUUAAGUAAAAGAUUUGAUGUGCUAUAAAAAAAUGUCAACUUUAAUUGUAAUAAUUAGCAUUUUUUAAGUAUUGUAAUAUAAUUACGCAUUAUACUAGAAACGAGACUAGCUGUUGACUAAUUAUUAAUAUAAAUUCUUUUAUUUUUUCAUUCUUAUUUAAAUAAAAAAUUUUAUGUUCCAUAAAUAAACAGAACCAGCAUUAAUCAUAAAUAUAUUUUUUUUUCUAUUUAUUGUUUUUAUUAAAUUAUUUAAACAAAAGAACUAAUGAACUAAAAGAACGAACUAGUUCGCCAUUGGAUUAUGAACUAAAUUGAGCGCUCUCAGUGGUGACCGAUUAGGCCCAAGACUAAUUGAAAGGCGCAGGGAUUAACAACUUCUUAUUCAAAAAUUAACGAUACGAUUAACUUAAUGCUUGAUGCAUCGAUAGCAGAUUAAAUUAUUUUAUCCUAGGAAUAGUAAGUAAAAAAUGAGACAAAAUAAGAUGAAGUAUGAGUACUAGGUAAUCGGGAGCUCAUGUUAAAAUUAAAUAAAGAACUCGA